AUGAAUUCAGCUUUAAGCCCUGACUUUCUUGUGUUUGUAUCCGUGUUGAUGCUGCAGUGCCAAGCCUUCAUCUUCAGAGAAAUCAUAGUGAAUGACCCCGUGACCUUCCCGUGUACCUGCUCUGGAAAUUGUCCAGUGGUCCAGUGGACCCGCUUCAUUCCCAGCAAAGCCGUCAUUGCUGAAAGCCGGAUGUGUCACGGUGAACAGUACGAUGAGAGAUUUUCAGUAUCAGGAGAUGCCAGCAGAGGAAAUUUCUCCCUGACGAUCAGUUCAGUGGCCUACAAUGAUGCCGGCUCCUACAGGUGCAGCUGUAAUAGAAACCCAGUUACUGAAGUAAAGCUGAAAGUUAUCGUUCCGACAGUUAUAAAAGCUUUCGAGAGGGAGAAUGUCACCCUCCCGUGCUACGGAAACACUCGGCACAAUGUUCAAGAUGUCACAUGGAAGAAAGAUGGACAAAAGGUUCUGCUGUACACCCCGGCAAACAGAUCAGUGACGACUGCUGAAGCAUCAGAAAGCAGAUUGAUGAUGUCCAUAAAAGGCUUUCUAGAUGGUUGUCUCUCUCUUCACAUCAGUUCAGUUCAUCUGUCUGAUGCAGGAUUAUAUCAGUGUCUCCUCCAUGAUGAGUCUCAGGACGGAGACCCAGAAGCUGUUUUACUGAAGGUAGAAGGGCGACAACAAUUAUCAACCACCAACAGCAAUGAAGUUUCAGUCCUGCGUGUGUUUCUAGGAUUUAUCAUCUUUGUCAGCAUCAUUGGAUUAAUCAUUUACAUUGUGAGAAGAUGCUUCAGGAAUUCCAGAUCAGGAGUUUAA